AACAAUAUAAAAAUCAUAACGCGCAAUCUCUAUCACGCUCCCUUAUCAGUUGCCGAAAGCACAGCGUCAAGUACUUACAAAACGUCAACAAAAAUGGCGCUGGUCUACACAAGACUCCUCUGCCGGCGUAACGUCGAUUUUCGGCAUUUUCGAAGUUUUUACACGUGUAGCCCUCUCAGCUCCACAGUUUCGAAACCGUUACUCGCAAGCGCAACGUGUGAAUCCCAUGAUGAAAAGAAUAUGCGUCUGAAGAGGCCGUUAUCGCCACACUUGUCCAUCUACCAAGUUCAAUUAACAACGGUGCUGUCAAUAACGCAUCGCACUACUGGCAUUAUGCUCGCCAGUUACGCAAUGUUCCUUGGUUUAGGCACAUUAUUUAUACCAGGUGGUAUUCCUUGCUUCAUAGAAACGGUGGAUAAUUUGUGUUUGCCUCUGCCUGUACUGUUCGCUGGCAAGACCUUACUUGCUCUACCUGCUACUUAUCAUCUGUUUAAUGGAAUUCGCCAUUUGGCUUGGGACUUAGGAAUGUUUCUAUCGAUUAAGGACGUGUACAGCACUGGAUACGUCGUAUCUGCACUAGCAGUAAUCUCUGGACUUGCUCUAGCAGCGAUGUAAGCAUCGUACACAUUCGUCGGGAAAAAAUUGUUUAAAAUUAGUUGUAUCGUCAAAUUAUAUUACGACUAUAUUGUAUUGAAUUAACAAUUACAGAAAAAAUAAUUUAUUAAAA